GUGCAGGACCGCUUGGUUGUAUCCAUUGACUGUAUCAGGACCGUUACUCGACCUGGAAAAGCCGUCGCGCUCACCGGGUUCCUCCGCAGUUCUGAACUCGGUCUCGUAGCGUCUCCAGAACCCAGAAGGUUCUUCUCUCACAAACCGGGUCGAGAUGCUUCAUUUCCGGUCGACGGUCGCGCUGAGGGAGUUCCUUCACAGUCAUCUGCAGCGGCCGCUGGCGGCUCGCGCCGCGCGGAGGGGAGCACCUGCCGCCGCCACGGGGACCGGCGGGAGGGUGCCCGGCAGGGGGAGGGCGCUGUCCGCGUGGUCGGCCCCGCGCGGGACCAGGGGCUUCUGCUCCAAAGAUGAAGCCGGCAAAGACUCCUCAACCGAGAAGAGAAGGAAGGCAGGCAUCCUGCCCAGCCUGGAGGACCUGCUCUUUUACACCAUCGCAGAAGGCCAGGAGAAGAUCCCGGCUCACAAAUUCACCACAGCUCUCAAAGCUACCGGCCUCCGCACAGGAGACCCCCGGCUGAAGGAGUGCAUGGAGAUGCUGAAGGUGACGAUGAAGACCACGUCAGACGGAGCGCUCGACCGGCACCUCUUCAAAAAGUGCGUUCAGAGCAACAUCGUUCUGCUCACUCAGGCCUUCAGGAAGAAGUUUGUCAUCCCAGACUUCCAGCCUUUCUGCGCCCACAUUGACGACCUCUAUGAGAACGCCAAGAACAUGUCUGGCGGUCAGGUGGCGGACUACAUUCCCCAGCUGGCCCGGUUCAGUCCCGACUUGUGGGCUGUCGCUCUGUGCACGGUGGACGGACAGAGACACACGGUGGGCGACACCAAGGUCCCCUUCUGCCUGCAGUCGUGCGUGAAGCCGCUGAAGUACGCCAUCGCCGUGCACGACCACGGCACCGAGUACGUGCACCGCUUCAUCGGCAAGGAGCCCAGCGGCCUGAGGUUCAACAAGCUCUUCCUGAACGAGGACGACAAACCCCACAACCCCAUGGUGAACGCCGGCGCCAUCGUCUGCACGUCUCUCAUCAAGCAAGGAGCCAGCAACGCCGAGAAGUUCGACUAUGUCAUGAACUUCAUGAACAAACUGGCGGGGAACGAGUACGUGGGUUUCAGCAACGCCACAUUCCAGUCGGAGCGCGAGUCUGGAGACAGAAACUUCGCCAUCGGCUACUACCUGAAGGAGAAGAAGUGUUUUCCAGAAGGAACCGACAUGACCUCCAUCCUGGACUUCUACUUUCAGCUUUGCUCCAUAGAAGUGACCUGCGAGAGCGCCAGCGUCAUGGCGGCGACUCUGGCCAACGGCGGAUUCUGUCCAAUCACAGGCGAGCGCGUCCUGAGCCCCGAGGCGGUCCGGAACACUCUGAGUCUGAUGCACUCCUGCGGGAUGUACGACUUCUCGGGACAGUUCGCCUUCCACGUCGGCCUACCGGCUAAAUCCGGAGUGGCUGGUGGGAUUCUGCUGGUGGUUCCCAACGUGAUGGGCAUCAUGUGCUGGUCCCCCCCGCUGGAUAAGUUGGGCAACAGCGUGAGAGGGAUCCAGUUCUGCACGGAUCUGGUUUCUCUCUGUAAUUUCCACAACUACGAUAAUCUCAGGCACUUUGCGAAGAAACUGGACCCUCGUAGGGAGGGAGGAGACCAGAGGGUGAAGUCCGUCAUCAACCUGCUGUUCGCUGCGUACACGGGAGACGUGUCGGCUUUGAGGAGGUUCGCCCUGUCCUCCAUGGACAUGGAGCAGAGGGACUACGACUCGAGGACGGCGCUGCACGUGGCCGCAGCCGAAGGACACGGUGAGGUGGUCCGCUUUCUGCUGGAGGCCUGUAAGGUCAACCCGGUUCCCAGGGACAGGUGGGGGAACACGCCGAUGGACGAAGCGGUUCACUUCGGCCACCACGACGUGGUCACCAUCCUCCGCGACUACCACAACCAGUACAGCCCGCAGGACACCGGCACGCAGAAGGAGAGCGCCGAGAAGAACCUGGACGGGAUGCUGUGACGUGACUCCUCCCCCGCCCUCCCAGAAGGUCCGCCGAGGAACCGAACCUCCAACCCCGCAGAGAAAGAGCCGUUCCCUCCGACCGGAUCCGUGCGUCUGCAGGACGGUUCCUCACGUCAAGAACACGUGGUGGUGGAAUGUACCCCCCCCCCGAUAUUUAAUCAUGUGACGUGCGCACUCCUGUGUUUGUGUUUGUGUCGGUGACGCUCUGAGAGCCGUUAGCGUCGUGCAGCCCUCGGUUCCCGCUUCUUUCCGACGUUUCGUUCGACAUCCCUAAAGUUUAGCGACACGAGGCUGAAAGUUGUAACUUUUGACGACACCAAAAACAAAAAUACAAACGCAUCCGAUUUACUUAAAUUAGAACCACAGUUGAUGAAAGUCACUUAGUUUUUUAACUAAGCACAAACAGGGUCCGAAAUUUUUCAUGACUCCUCCCCCUCAAUGCAGGACACGCCCCCUUUUUUUUAUAGUGUUACAAUCAUGCACUAACGUAUUUCCUGUGCAGUAUUUACCCCGCUUCAGACUCCUCCGUGUGUUUGUAUUUUUGUCGCGAUCCAAAUGAUGUCUUCGCUUAUGUAUCGUAUAUUAGGCUAAUAGGUCAAAGGUCGCAGGUUGGAGGUAUUUGGCCGCGGCGACGGUUGAAACGACUGAAGUGCGUAAUUUUAAUGAUAAAUGAUUUUACCAAACAAUCACAGAUGUUUGUUUGUUUGUUUCUUAUUAGUGCAAUUUAGAGAAAGAAAGCAGCUACCAAAAUAAAAGCACAGAAAGGGCAACAAACUAAAAUUAGCUUUUAAAUGCAUCGUUUUUUAUUUUUAUUUUUUUUAAAUAAUCCCAACCUGUGUGUGAACGCUGUGUUAGCUUAAAUGUUUUGUAAGCAAGACCAUGAAUUUGUGUAUUUUUGUUUUUAUCUGAUCCUCCGUUUGUGUUGACCUCGGCUGGUUCAGGAAGUUUGUACAUAUCAGAAGCGACACUGCCAGAUCGCAACGAUCCAGCCAGAGCUCCGCCCACCAGGAAGUGAGCUCCACAGAGGGAACGGUGUCCUCUGUGGAGCGCACACACACACGUGUGUUUGUGUAAAUGUUUGUAAACUCAGGAAGGACGCCGCCGGAGCUUCACCGCCAGUUUUGAACCCGUGAUGUGAGGAAUGUGUCGCACUUGAAUGUCCGUGCCGUCCUUUGUUUCGUGACGUUGAGACUGUCGUUAUUCCGGAGCCACAAGGUUGUUUCUGUCCGUGAGAGAAGCACAAGAGUUUUCGUUCUGAAUGUAACGGUCGCUUCGGUUUCCUCUGGGUGUUAUCUAUGCUGCUGCGGCGCAUUCCGACCCGUCAGAUAUUUAUUCACUGAUUCAAAUGUUUAAUAAACUUUAAGGACAAAUUGGA